CCACUUCGGCAAUUGAAGCAGCUACCGGAACUCACCAGAGAACAGCGCUUUGCGAGAUGGCGACCUUCGUACCAUUUGAUGGCCAGGGAAGGCUGGAUGAACGACCCGUGUGCGCCCGGAUAUGAUCCAAACACUGGUCUUUAUCAUGUAUCCUUCCAGUGGAAUCCCUACGGCCCUGAUUGGGGAGAUAUAUGUUGGGGGUCGGCAACGUCGCCCGAUAUGAUCAACUGGACAUUGCAAGACGAACCGUGCCUCAGACCGGAGGCCAGCUAUGACAACAAAGGCAUUUUCACAGGCUGCAUGAUCAACGGAAAAGACGGCGCGCUUACUUACGCAUAUACAUCGGUCAAUCACCUACCCAUACAUUACACCUUACCACAUGUAAUAGGAAGUGAGUCGUUAAGUCUGGCAAAGUCUUUCGAUGGCGGCAAAAUCUUUCGACGCAUUGAUGCCAAUCCUAUUCUGCCAUCAGAACCUGCUGGUCUCGAUGUGACUGGUUGGCGGGAUCCUUUCGUUGCCAAAUGGCCUCGCAUGGCCAGACAUCUCAGCCUUGACGAAGACAAUACCCUAUUCGGAAUUGUAUCUGGUGGCAUUCGAGACACGACCCCAACUACAUUCUUGUACGCGAUAGAUGCCAACGAGCUCUCCAAAUGGAGGUACAUUGGACCACUAGCAAACUUCGGUGACAAUUUACGACCAUCCAAAUGGUCGGGCGACUUCGGCAAGAAUUGGGAAGUCACCAACUUCACGACUCUCCGCGACUCAGAAGAUCCAAGUAUCGAACGCGACUUCGUCAUAAUGGGCAUAGAAGGCUGCAUACCCGAACGGAGACCCUCUGCUCCUGGCCCAGACACCCUUAGCCCAUCGCGACCUUCAACAAAAGCUCAGCUCUGGUUCUCAGGCGAUCUCCAGACACCGAAAAGUUCUCCCUCCGCAGGACCAGUUGAGAUGACAUUCAAAUUUGGUGGGCAUUACGACAAUGGUUGCCUCUAUGCGGCCAACUCAUUCUUCGACCCCAAGACACAGAAGCAGAUCGCUUGGGGAUGGAUCAGAGAAGAAGAUAUCUGCGAUGACUUACGACACGGACAAGGCUGGAGUGGCUGUCUCUCAAUGCCAAGAGAGCUUUCCCUCCAAACGCUGCACAACGUCGUCGGUACAUCCUCCGGAUCUGACCUGUCGUCAAUAACAUCUAUCGAAAGGAAGCUCAACGCCGACGGCACAUACACGAUCCGCACUCUGGCCUCCCAGCCUUAUGCUCCUCUCGUCUCCGCCCUUCGACGAAACCCGGGCGUGAAGUAUACCUACCUCCCACGCUCUGACCUCGGCUCAUUCACCUCCGUCCACCUUCCUGGCGGCCUGACCUCCAAAGCAUGGGAACUCGACGCCACAUUCUCCUCCUCUCGCUCCACCCAACACAUCGGCAUCUCCAUCUCCCAUGCCGAAGACAACUCCCGCACCACAACCCUCUUCUACGACCAACCUUCCGAGUCAUUCGUCAUCAAUCGUCCCGCUUUCCCAGUCCUCAAUUCAAGCGAACUCGUCAACUCUGAACCCGAGAGAGCUCCUUUCACACUUUUCGAAACGAAGGAAGCAGGAAGGGAGGAGUUGAGGGUUAGAAUAUGGAGGGAUAACAGUGUAAUGGAAGUCUUUGUGAAUGGUCGGUGUGCGAUUACUACGAGGAUUUAUGCCGCGGAGGAGACGUUUGGGGUUAAGUUCUUUGCGGAUGAGAUGGUUGAUGGGAUUUUGGAUGUUCCGAGUCAGUUGCUUAAGGCGGAGGUUUGGGAUGGGAUUGGAAUUUAA